AUGUAUACAACGGCGCUACUCCUCGCUGCAGCCUCUCUAAGUCUGGUCCGGCAGGUGGCCGGCGGAUCUGCCGUGGCCACGAGCGACAACCCAACCGAUGCAGUCUACACUGCCUCGACGGAAGAGGCCUUCUUUGCUGACGCCGCUCUUCCCGGUACCCUGGCCGGCAGUAUCGUCGCUCAGACCCCCAGGGAUGGCCGGGGCGUCACCUUUGACGUCAACUUUGACAACCUGCCCUCCGAGGGCGGUCCGUUCACAUACCACAUCCACGAAGAGGCCGUGCCCGAGGACGGCAACUGCACCGAAACGGGCGCCCACCUGGACCCCUACGGCGCGGGGACCGACGCGCCCUGCGAUCCUGAGAAGCCCCAGGACUGCGAGGUCGGUGACCUGAGCGGCAAGCACGGCUCCGUCGACACCCUGCCGUUCGCGGCCACCUACAACGACCUCUACCUCUCUACGGAUGAGUCGCAGCCGUCCUUCCUGGGAAACGUCUCGUUCGUCGUGCACUACGCCAACGGCACGAGACUGGCCUGUGCCAACUUCUCCAAGCUGGCUCCCUGCAGCGGCAAGACCAACUCGGCCUCCUCCUCCUCCUCCCCCUCCUCUUCGCCCUCCGGCACCCCGACGGCCGACGCCUCUUCGGCGCAGUCGAGCACGUCCGAGGACAGUGACCCUGACUCCGGAGCGGCGGCUCAGAUGACCGUCGUGUCAACCGCUGUCGUGGCGGGACUAGCUGCUGCCGUGGCGGCUUUGGUGAUGUAG